GUUGUCUUUCCCAGUCCUACUUUGAAAUGCUGGGAACUGAGCUGGAAUCCACAGUGUGAGGAGCUCUGCUGCAAAGCCACGGACUUUUGUUUCCAAAUGUUUAUCCUGGUCAAGCUUUCCUCCUCCUCUGGUAUUGUGGCUCAGUUCAGAUGUGGUCUUGUCUUGCCAGUCCUUCAAAUCAUGUUUUCUGUUUUUUGUUUGUUUGUUUUCGGAGGGUGUAGAUCAGAUUGGUCAGUGGGCUUGUGCAUUCCUUCAUUCAGAGAAUUUAGCAUGUUGAGACCCAUCAGCAGCUGCUCAGCGGAUGUCACAAAGAAUUGGGGAAUUGGAUGACUUUGAGCACAUUCUCCGCCCAGGAAGUUGUGAUCACAAUCAAAACCAUUUUCACAUGUCCUUUCACACAGCCACCCACUCCUGGUUUCCCACCAGUGCUCUUUUAGGUGUGGGAAAGAUGUUUCUUUGUUGUUGUCAUUAGACAGCUUGCCGCCAGAAAUCCUUGCUGAUAGAUUGGAAAUUAUCCAGAUUCUUGCAAUGGGUUUUGCUCCCUUUAGCCUUCCCUCUGCCGAUCUCCUUCAAUGGUGACUGACCAUCUCCUUCCCCAGCCAGGGCGCCAGACCACCGCAGCGUGACCUCCAUGGCCUCUCCCAGGACUAUAACCAUUGUGGCCCUCUCGGUGGCCCUGGGGCUCUUCUUUGUCUUCAUGGGGACCAUCAAGCUGACCCCGAGGCUCAGCAAAGAUGCUUACAAUGAGAUGAAACGGGCCUACAAAAGCUAUGUCCGCGCACUGCCCAUGCUCAGGAAGAUGGGCGUCAGCUCCAUCAUUCUCCGCAAGAGCAUUGGAGCCCUAGAGGUGGCCUGCGGCAUUGUCAUGACACUGGUCCCCGGGCGCCCCAAGGACGUAGCCAACUUCGUGCUGCUGCUGCUUGUCCUGGCUGUGCUCUUCUUCCACCAGCUGGUGGGGGACCCCCUCAAACGCUAUGCCCAUGCCCUAGUCUUUGGGAUCCUGCUUACCUGUCGCCUACUGAUUGCCCGUCAGCCUGAGGAACAGCUGCUGGAGAAGAGGACCCUGUCCGUGAAUGGAGAAGAGCAACCACUCCUUUCAGAAGCUGCCCCAGAGAAGGGCAAAAUCAAGGUCUCCUAGUGGGGUGCCUUUGAGGGACACACACAAACUCCCAUGCAGCUCUCUCCCCACCCCCCAGAAAACCUAAACAGAUUUGUGGGUCUUUUUCUUUUAUUUUUCGUAAAGAGUUAUCUCUUGGAGCAUGGGGGAAAUCCUUAAUUUUGCCCGCUAAGCAACAACUGGGCUUGUGCACUCCAACCCUUAGAGCUGCCCUCUGCUGUACCCCCCGACACACGUGUAGACGUGACUUCGAUUAAUGGAUCUAGAGGGGAAUAAAUGUAUCUUGUGUUGAGUGUGUGUGUGUAUUCGUGUGCUUGUGUGUGAGAGAGAGAGUUGAUGGCUGAAUCGCUUAACCUGAACUGCCUCGUCACCGGUCUGUAUUCUUCUGGAGCAAAAAGAAAGGGGAGGAGGAAAUGCUAAUCAUUUGCUUGCCCGCCUACCCAAUUAUUUCAGUGUCCAGCACUGAAGCAAUGAGCCUCCUUCCUUCUUCUCAAAGCUUCAUAUGAGCCAAUUGGUGCGUUGCACCUCCCUCUCUCAGCAAAGAAUAAAGAUUGCCCACUAAUAAACCCAGACAUUGUCUCCCAUCCCAAGCCUGUCUGUGCCACUCUUGAAAAAUCAGGGACUGAUCACUGCCUGCUUACGUACACACCUGCUUUUCUGUCACCCAUUACUCUGACCUGAAGGAAUGACAAGUGUCCGCAGGCUUGAUUUUUGACAGGUGGGAUUCAUUGUUGUAAGCCGCCCCGAGGAUCUGGCGAAUGGGGCGGCAUAAAAAUGUUUUAAUAAAUAAAAUAAAUAAAAUUGUCCAUCCUGCACAGGGAAUCUGAUGAGCCAAGACAUAGUAGUUCUUUAAUGCUGCUGUUGGGGUGGGAACAGAAGGAACAUUUAAAUAGUCACAAGAAAUGUAUUUUUAUUUUUUAAAGUGUGCUGCCUUCCUUGGAAUUGUCCAGUUCACAUUCUCCUCCUCCUCCUUUCUUUUUCCCCCUUAAUUUAUUGAAAAAGAAAUAAAC